GUGCUGUUGAUUGUGAUGCUGGAAGGAAAUACGGUGGAAGAACUGCAUUCCAGCAUUUUAACAACAAAGAUGGUGCCUGUGCUAAGCAUGACUGUUAAAAACUUUGAGCAUGUGGUUUCCUGCAUCACAGUCUCCAGCACAACAAAAACAGAGAGACAAGUGGGGGGGGGGGGGGGGGGGGGGGGUUGCUCUAACCACGGAAGUGAGACUGUGUCAGUACUGUACAGGUGGAACUUUAGCUGUCACCCAGGCAGUAUAAAUAAGACUGGGAGCACAAAGCAGAGCAACAGCUUUAUCCUACAGACCCAGAAGGAUUCAGGAUCAGCAGAAGAGAUCGUUUUGAAGCAACGGCAUAGAACUCUGAAGAAGAACAGAGAGAGUUGGAAGAUUUGUUUUGCUCCAGCGUUUUGAGAUUGCAGAAAGGCACUUUCGUCUUGAUCCACUAUUCCAACACAGAAGAAGACAGGGCUUUCUCAAUACAGACUCAAGAGAAAUACAGCAGACCACCAUGGGAAUCCUAUUCAGCUCAAUCUACAAAUCCCUCUAUGGCGUGCAGGCCAGGAUCCUCAUGCUAGGGCUUGACGCUGCUGGAAAGACCACUAUCCUGUACAAACUGAAGCUCAAUGAAGCCAUCUCUACCAUCCCCACCAUCGGCUUCAACGUGGAGACUGUGGAACCCAUGAGAGGCGUGUCCUUCACCGUGUGGGAUGUGGGCGGCCAGGGCAAGAUCAGGGCUCUGUGGAAACACUACUACACGAAUGCGGAGGGGCUGCUCUUCGUGGUGGACAGCUCUGACCCUGAGCGCUUUGAUGAAGCCAGAGGAGAGCUGGAGGGGAUCCUGAGCCACGACGAGAUGAGCAAGGUGCCCUUCGUCAUCCUGGCCAACAAGCAGGACCUACCAGGAGCCCGCAGCCCCGCUGACCUUGCUGAGGCGAUGGGACUGAGCAAGCAGAGAGGCCACGAAUGGCAGGUGCAGGGCUGUUGUGCGGUCAACGGGGAAGGGAUAGUGGAGGGCAUACAGAGACUCACUGAGAUGGUCAAACAGUUCCAGAAGACGAGGAUUUUAACAGGGACGUUUUCUUAACUACAUGAUAAUAGAAGACUUUCCAAACUCAAGUAUGAGGCGCUGCUGGGUUAGGGCAUCUAGUUGUUUUAAGUGGAUUUGUUUGUACUAUCUCUACUAAUAACCCUUCUGAAAUGUAAAUAUACAUACAACGUUGUGCAAAUGUUGUUAACUAUCUGGUCAGAUCUACAUGCACUUAAUUUUUUUUAUGUUUGGCUAAUCCGCAGAGUACGGUACAGUGAAAAUCAAAGUUUGUCUCUGUUCCAGAAUUUUAUUUUUAUUUUAUAAGCCCAGCACUGUUAGGAAAAAAUGGUUACUGAAUUACCUAUUGCUAUCAUUUAAAGAUUUUACUGAAAGAUGAACAAAAUUAAUCGUUGAAAUAAAUGUUACUAUAUUUUGUCACACGCACUUUUAAUUACAUUACAUUUUUGCGAAUGUGUUUUUAAGAAAAAAAUAAUAAUUAUAGCAACUUGUCUCCUUUUGUACUUAUUGUUAUCGAUUAUUCAAAUAAAUUAUCUACAGUAUUUCAUUUCUGCAUUGAUUUUAUUUUAGCGUUAGGAAUACAUACUAAAGCAUAAAACAAAAAUCCAGCAUUUUUACAAACGCAUUGAAAAGCUCAGGAAAUGCUUUUUGCCUCAAGUAAGGAAAUCAGUCUGUGUAAAUAUGCUUCAUGUAUAACUCUUUCUGUUACUGUAAAUAGGGAUGUGGUGAAUAUACAGGGAAUCCGCUGCUGUGAAGCAGCCUUUUCUCUCAUUACUGGUUACUGGUACCCACAAUGGGGAUUACAAACACAGUACACAAGUUAUAAUAUUUCUGGCAGUGUAUCCAACUCUUGCCAGUACAGACUGUACAGUACAUAACAGAACAACACCCCUAUUUAGGCAAAAUAAAUCAAUAAACAAAAUGACGCAUAAAAAAAACAUGCUUGUAUUUCAUUUUUCAUGCAGACUGCUGGCUCUGUCUCAGUAUUUGAUUUGCUUAUCAAUAAUAAACACCUGGAAAUUC